GGGGAUAAAGAAAACCACAUAGGUACUCUCUUCGUGCCAGCUUUUUCAUCGCUUUUCUCUUUUUCUCUAUCCAUUUGAUCUCUCUCUCUCUCUGAAGCACCUAUAUAAUAUGGAACAAGAAGACAGAAAUGACUCUGAGAUUCUUCCUGAAGAGUCUUCUAAUCCUCAAUCAUUAGAAAAAGAUAAUAGCAAUAAGGAUACAAAUCCCACUGAAGGACCUGGUAAACCAGAGUCAAGUAAAAAGAAUACUCAACAAUCAUUAAAGGCCAAAUCUAAAAUUGCUAAGAAAUCCAUAGCUGGUAAGUUUAAGAACAUUACAGGUAAAGGUUCUCAACAGAUCAGGGCAAAGGGAAAAAAUUUCAAGGACAAAAAAGUAGUAGGAAACAGUGAUGAACAGCCUAACGAGAAGAGUGAGAAGGCCAAAGAGAAUAAAAGUCAAAAUAGGAACACUAAUGACAAAAGUCCUAUCCAUAAGAGCCAUCAGGCUGAAAAGAAUAAGAUCAUUGAGGUGGAUAAGAGUGAACAAAAGCAGAAGAAUAAAGAGAAGCAUAGAGAGUUGGACAAGGGUGCCAGGAGUAGAAUAAACAAAUCUAAGCAUAGUGCCCCUGAAAAUACUGACUCAAGUGAGAAAAAGAGAGAAAAACUUGGUGGUUUCAUCUUCAUGUGCAGUGCAAAGACAAAACCUGACUGUUUCCGCUAUCGUGUCAUGGGUGUUUCAGCUAGUAAAAAAGACAUUGUUUCGAGUGUCAAGCCUGGGACUAAGCUUUUUCUUUAUGAUUUUGAUCUGAAGCUGUUGUAUGGUAUUUAUAGAGCUUCAUCUCCUGGUGGUAUGAAACUUGAACCGCGAGCAUUUGGUGGUAACUUUCCUGCCCAGGUGCGCUUCAACGUUGCGUCUGAUUGUUUCCCACUGCCUGAGAGCAUUUUCAGAAAGGCGAUCAAGGAAAAUUACAAUGAGAAGCACAAAUUCAAAACAGAACUUACUGUUCAACAAGUUAGGAAGCUCACUGAACUUUUCCGACCAGUAGAUAUUCAUUCUUCCUUGCAGCCUGUGCACUCCCCUCCAAAAGCAAUAAUCCGAGAUAGGGAAGUUCCUGAUGGUGUUAGGGGAUCAUGGUCCAAUUUGCACAGAGAAAGACCAGUUGGGGAUUCAUAUACCAAUACUAAUCUGGAAAGAUAUAAUAUGCUGUCUCAUGAAAGGGAUCCUAGAAAUGAAUGGCAAGAUGAUAUUCCUCGUGAUUUAUUUCUUACUGAAAAGAGUUACCGAGCUUAUGGUCUUCAAGGGGAUAGAAGUAAUGUGGCUUCAGCUUCUCAAGUCAAUCAAAUACUGGAUCCUUAUGAGAGGGAUUAUGAAAGAGAGCGCCUUCAUCCCCUGGAUCCUCUCUACAGGAAUAAUGUCCCUGCACAUGUAGAAAGUCUUCGUGCUGAUCCUCUUCAUUUGAAAGAGAGCGAGCAUCAGGCCUAUUUGCGUGGUGGAAUUUCUGAGCAAGUUGAUGAUCCUUAUCGCCCAUAUCGCUAUGGUGCUUCGCCAAGGGAUCCAUAUUUGCCACCAUUAAGUAGAGAGGAAAUAUCUUCAAGCUCUUAUUUGGUUGGGGGAAGAACCUUGAUAGGAAGUGAUAACUUACAGAGGAGAGAGGCUGUUCACGAUAGGCUUUACUCAACAUAUUCUGCUGCUGAUGCUUUGUCAGAAUAUAGUCGAAUGCAGCACUACGGUGGAGAGAGUUUGGAGGCUACAGCUGUGCCAGUUUCGUCUCGAUACUCUUUCGCGGGUCCUUCAUAUUCACUUCGCUAAACUAAACAUUCAGUUUGAAUCUCCAUUUUCGUGUGCUCCUUAAGAUUAUCUUCCAAUGCUGGUGACUAACUGACUAGCUAUAAAAAAAAUGUAUAUGUUUUUUCUUAGGCACCUCUGGACUGCGAAAGCAUUUCUAUUGUGUCUGAGAUUUGUUGUGCAAAAUGCCAUUGAUGAUGACUAUUUACUUUAUAGACACUGCUAGCUUUUCCAAGAUUGGAAGAUAGUUUCAAUUGAUUUCUUUAUGGUUAUACAGUUUUGCAGGCUGAUGAUUCCAUAGGAUCUGUUUGGACACGGUUAAGAUUUAGCCCAUUUUAUCUUAAAUAAGUAGAUACCCUGUAUGAUUUUUCGGUGCUGCUAUGACAUUAUUCUGUUUUUAAUGUUUUCAAACCGGAAUGGUGAAUGAGUUAAGAUAUGAUU